AUCUUCACAUUGACCAAGGAUGUUCAAGCUGUUUUGCUUCAUAGCCCUGCUCUCUGUAGCCUUUUGUGAUGGCUAUUAUGGUGGUAAAGGAUUUGGUAAUUACUAUGGAGGUAUAGGAUAUGGAGGUUAUUUUGGAGGACCAGGAUAUGGAAAUUUCUAUGGGGGCAAGGGAUAUGGAUAUCUUGGAGGACCAGGUUAUGGCAAUUACUAUGGAGGUAUAGGAUUUGGAGGUCGAGGAUAUGGAAAUUACUAUGGAGGCAAGGGAUUUGGAGGUUAUUUUGGAGGUCGGGGAUAUGGAAAUUACUAUGGAGGCAAGGGAUUUGGAGGUUAUUUUGGAGGUCGAGGAUAUGGAAAUUACUUUGGAGGCAAGGGAUUUGGAGGUUAUUUUGGAGGUCGAGGAUAUGGAAAUUACUUUGGAGGCAAGGGAUAUGGAGGUAUUUACUAUGGUGGUAAAGGAUACAAGGGCUAUUAUUGAACAUUGGUUUGAUGUUUUCAAAUUGGUGUUGUUAUUUGUUAAAUUCUUGCUGACAAAAUAAAUUAUAAAUAGCAAGGCUA